AUGGUCGUCAAGACUGUCAAGCUAGGAGGCACCGCGUCCGAUAUUACCGUCGGAAAAGUCGCUCAUGGUUUGAUGAUGAUGACAUGGAGAGACCCGAGCCAUCCCCUCUCCGACGAGGAUGCCUUUGAGGCCAUAAAGGCGGGCGUCGACGCCAUGCCACCCGGUGUGAAGAUGUUCCUGAACAGCGGUGAAUUUUACGGGCCCAACUGCUCGACCGCCAAUCUGGAGCUUGUCGCUCGGUUCUUCGACAAGUACCCCGAGUACGCGGAGCGCACCUUUCUUUCGGUGAAGGGCGGCUUGAAAGAGGGGCAGUUGGUCCCGGACUCCUCCCCUGAGAACCUGAGACGUAGUGUCGACAGGAUCAACGCCACCCUGCGGGGCACUAAGCGUCUCGACCUCUUCGAGUCCGCCCGCGUUGACCCGGACGUGCCUCUCGAGGAUGCCUACAGGACCAUUGCCCAGCUGAAGAGCGAGGGCAAGUUUGAUCACAUCGGCAUGUCCGAGUGUAAAGCUGGGACGCUGAGGAGGGCCCAUGCUGUGCAUCCGAUCGCCUCGGUCGAAAUCGAGGUCAGUCUCUGGUCGUACGAGGAAGAGACAAAGAAGGUGAUCGCGACGGCCCAAGAGCUCGGGAUAUCUGUGAUUGCCUAUUCUCCCCUCGGCCGCGGCUUCCUCACUGGGGCUAUCAAGAGCUUAGAUGACCUGCCUGCGGGCGACACGCGCCGCCGUUUUACCCGCUUUGAGGAGGAGAACUUCAAGCACAACAUGUCAAUCGUCGAAGGGAUCAAGGCUAUCGCUGGGAAGAAGGGCGUCACCCCGGCGCAGCUCUCCAUUGCUUGGGUCGCUGCUCUCGGGCCGCACGUUAUUCCUUUGCCCGGGUCUUCCGUCAAGAAGCGGAACUUGGAGAACCUCGCUGGCGGGGAUGUCGAACUAACUCAGGCCGAGCUUGCUGAGAUCAACGAUUUCUUGGCGAAGAACACCGUCAAGGGUGGACGCUACAACGACCAUGCUGACCCCAAGGUGUUCGCCCUUUGGGGCUAA